AUGUGGUUAGAGUGGUUGUAUCUUUUGUUUAUUGUUACUGUGACAGUAGAAGCUGCGCCGCAGGAGGAUCGUAUCUUCAAGUUGCCAGGAUUAGACUUUAUACCCAACUUUAAACAAUACAGCGGCUAUCUCACUGUAAAUUCUGGUAACAAAUUGUUUUACUGGCUCACUGGGGCUUCAAAUAGUCCAGCGCCACUUGUUUUAUGGUACGUUUUCUUGACUUUAUAUUACAUUUUCUUAUUUUAUUUAUUUUAGACGCUUUUUUAUUGGUCCUUGUCACUUUAUAUUUUGUUUUAAAGGUUAUGUUUUUGUUUAUUUUUCCAUUUUUAAUGUUUGUUAGAUAUUUUUACGUUCUUAUUGAACUUUCUAUAUCACUAUUCAAUAACUUUUCGUUAUUUUAAGAACAAAAUAUAAUAAAAAUGUAAACCAAACCCUUUAAUAAAACUUCCAAAUAUACCCAGAAACCAGAAUCUAUUAAACUCUAAUCAGUACGGCCGCAUAAAGUUAAUUACAUUCACACAAUUAAAGCCAAUGUUGUCUUAUAUAUAAUACAUUCGCACUUACUUUGGACUUUAAGGCUGAAUGGUGGACCAGGAUGUAGUUCGAUGGCCGGACUGAUGUCUGAAAUGGGACCAUAUAAAGUAAAGGAUGGGAAAGUGGUGUACAAUGAGUACGCCUGGAACAAAGUAAGCAAUAGUUUUAGCAAAAGUACACCUACAGUAUGCUAAUAUACUGUAUUUAGAUGCCCCAGCCGGAGUUGGGUUCUCCGUUCUAAAAGUUACCAACUGGACCACUUCUGACGGGAUUGUGGCCAGAGAGAACAAACAAGCUCUCUUGAAGUUUUUCGAAAAGUUUCCAGAAUUGAAAUCGACCGACUUUUACCUGGCUGGAGAAAGUUACGGUGGAACUUACGUGCCAAUGUUGGGGGAUCUUCUAAUUAAAGAAAAGGAACAGUUCUCCAACUUCAAAGUAAGGUUCAGUUCAGAGAAAUAAAACAAGGAAAAAAGAUAAUUUUGACAAAAUUUUGUUUUGACACUUCGUUGUAGGCAAUAAACUUGUGGCAUUUCGUGACAACUGAAAGAUUGUGAUCCAAAUUAUUAUUUUGUGGAAGAAUUACCUUCUAGCCAAAGUGAAUUCAAAAAUAAAAGGAAUUUUAAUAACAUUUUAUAAUUUUAGGGCAUCUUAAUAGGUAAUGGAUGUAUGAACGAGAAGCUCCGAUUCAAUUCUCAGAUUCCAUUCAACUUUUACCAUGGUUUAGUAGCUGAGCAGUAUGUUUUCAUCUACAAUUUUUAGUUCUGUUACAUUUUUAAACUCAAAAUAUUAUUUAAAUCCUUAUUUUUUAUUAACAACACUUUUAGAGAAAUUCAGAAGGCCAUAAACACUUGUUGUCCUGGGAAGUCAUUAAUUACUUGUGAUUGGCAUCAGAUUUCGACUUCUGGAUCUGAAGCAUGCAAAAGCCUUGUGGAGUCACUUGAUGAAUCCAACUUUUGGUCUGGAUUAGAUCCGUAUUUGCUAGACUACGUAUGCUAUCCAGACGAUGAAGUUACUGUCAAUGUAGAGUACAGUGACUUCAAGACUGUCGCUUUUUCUCAUCGACGGAAGGCGUCAAAGGUAAGGUGUUUAGUAUGUGGACUAAUGAAAGCCUAAUUUUUAUUUUGAUUCAAAUUUUUUGAGUGUAGGUAUUUUUAAAUUGUUUUUAGAAGAUGGCAUUGAAGAACUGUCAUCACGAAAACGAAUAUGUCCCCUAUUUGAAUCGAAGGGAUGUACAAGAUGUUAUUCAUGUGAAUCAAGUCUUUUCAUCAUGCAGGUAGCUUAAAUUUACAAUUUUGUAAGGCAAUGUUAAAUAUUUUGCAAGUUAUUUUUUUAAAUAAUUUUAUUGUGAUUUACAUCAUUUUAAUAUUAUUUUGAAUUUAGUCGACCAAUAGAAGAAGAUUACGUAGUACAAUACGAAGAUAUGUCGCCGUUCAUACGACGCCUGAUAUCAGCUGGUAAACGGAUCACUUUGUUCAAUGGGGAUAUGGAUUCAGUUUGUACGCAUGUUCAUAAUUUGAAGUUUAUAAAUCAAUUGGGGGUAGAUUUUAUCAAAAGAUCGAAUUGGAAACUAAAUAAUCGAGUGCCGACGACUGCUGGCGUCUGGACAUCGCUUAAGGGUACGUUUAGCCAUGAAAAGGCAAUAGAAAAAUUUAAAUUUUACUCGAUUUAAGAUAAACUUUAUCAAAAUAAUUUAAAACUUGAUAAAGACGAAGCAAAUACAUUUUAAAACCCCGUUAUUUUCAAAUAGAAUUAAUCAUGUCUUUUCACUUUUUAUCUCCUGUCUGACCCCACUAACUGUUAUUAUAACAUAACUUGCAAACGAGUGACCAGCCCCCCUCCCUCCCCAUCGUAAUUAUUUGUCAGUAGUGCCCCCCCCCCCAAAAAAACAAAACAGGGAACGCCGGUCCCGGGAACCGCACGGCACGGCUCGUCCCUCUCUCGACCCCAUCGUUCCGCGCUCCACAAAAAAACACUGUGAUUCCAUCCCGCCUCGUACCACCUCUGUUUUUGUUACCACUCGAAAAUAAUAAGAAAACCAAAGUUUUUCCUGCAAAUUAUCCAUUAAAAGCUGCAAGGUGGUCAACGACGUCUGUUAAUUGUUAACAAACACUGCUUUUUUUAGUUUUUUGUCUGGAAAGUUGGGUUAUUUGGGGAGAAAUAAGGGCUAUUUUAAGUGAGAACAAGGUCAGAAAGUCUCGAAAUACAUCUAAAUUCUUUUAUAAUUAGUUUUUUAAACCAUUAUUUGAUAAUUUAUUCAGAAAAGGUCAAAAAGUUAUGUAAAAUUAGUCGAAAAUUCGAAUUAUAUUACACAAGGAGGUAUCCAAAACAGUAUCUUUCUCAUUAAAACUCUUGCAUUUUGAAGGAUUACUGUAGCCAUUUUAUCGUCUGUGCAAAUACGAAGGACAGCACGUUAUGCACUUUUGAAAAGAGUAUUCGAAUGUACUUUCAGGUAUUGACCUAGUAACCGUCAACGGAGCCGGACACUUCGUGGCGUCUGCCUACGAGAAACCACGAGAAGCGCUACAACUCUUUGUCAACUUUCUACACAAUAGAAAUUACAGUACUCCUGUUGAUUUGGAAACUUAG